CUCGAAGUGCCACGACUUCACAGCAGACCACGGAUUCUCCAGCGGAGCGAGUGAGGGGGAAGAGCACUGGAAAAAAGCUAGUUAGCUAGAUAGCUGGAUAAACAGGUAGCUUUGCACAUUAGUGACUUCAUUUAACAGUUUAAACCUUUUUGUCCUCUCCAUUCCCUUUGAAGCAAGCAGACGUAGCCACAUCACCAGCGAGGUGAACUGAAAUUGAACCAUGGAUAUCUAUGACCCCCAGACCCUUGGGAUAAUGGUGUUUGGUGGAUUCAUGGUGAUCUCUGCUCUAGGGAUUGCUCUUGUCUCCACCUUCUCCAUGAAGGAGACCUCUUAUGAGGAGGCCCUGGCUAAACAACGCAGAGAGUUGGGUAAAAUACAGUCUACUCGCUCUGAGAAGAAGAAGAAAGACAAAGUAUCUGAGAAGAAGGGCCGCGGAAAGAAGAAAGAAGAAAAGCCCAAUGGAAAAAUCCCGGAGCCUGAAAAAAAUCAAGAGGAAGUUGAAGCUGAUGCAGUCAUCGAGGCUGCUGCUGCUCCAGUGGUAGCUGCUGCUCCUGCCCCUGAACCUGUCCCCGCUGUAGAGGCUAAACCAGCUGCAGCACCUGCACCAGCAGAAGCCCAGCCAAAGACUGCUGCUGAACCAAGCCCCGCUCUCACCGAGCCCUCACCUGCACCCUCACCUAAAGAGAAAAAGAAGAAGAAGGUGGCUAAGGUCGAGCCGGCCUCUGCCCAAACAGCUCCACUCGUGGCUGCCGCUGCACCAGUCAAGUCCUCCGCGGCCCCUGCAACAACCCAGGCCCCCGUGUCUGCCCCAACUAAAGCAACCGCCCCAUCCUCUGCAUCUGCCCCACCCAAGUCCGCCCCUGCACCUGCCAAGUCUGCCCCUGCUAAGUCUGCCCCUGCACCAGCCAAAGCUGCCGCGGCUCCAACCAAGUCCACUGCAGCCCCGGUCAAAUCUUCACCUGCUCCAUCCAAGACUGCCCCGGUGCUGGAAGCUGUCACUAAAGACGUCCCAGUGAUGGCUGUGCCCCCGGUGGGCUCCCAGCAGGCUCCUGCUGCCGCAGGAAAAGUACAGGAGCCCAAGAAGAAGGCCUCCAAGAAAAAGGCAGAGCCCGUGGCAGCGGUGGACUCUGCGGAUGCUCCUCUGUACCUGCCCUACAAGGCUCUGGUGUCCACCAUCAGUAGCAUGGUGUUCAGUGAGGGAGAGGCUCAUAGGCUUAUCGAGAUCCUGUCUGAGAAAGUCGGCAUCAUUCAGGACACCUGGCACACGGCCACGCAGAAAGGAGACCCAGUGGCCAUGCUGAAAAAACAACUGGAGGAGAGGGAGAAACAGCUGGCAGCAGAACAAGAGGAUGCUUCUGCAGCAAAGAACCGUCUCAGAGAACUCACCAAGGAGCUGUCUGCUGAGAAGUCCAAGGUGGCCAGUGUGGAGACGAGACUGAGCUCCCAGCUGAGCAAGAGGGAGCAAGAAAUGAUUGCUCUGCAAGCUCGCAUGCAGGCCAGUUACCAGGACCAUAUAGCCCAGACCCAGGGCCUCAAUGCAAAGAUCGCCAGCCUGCAGGACCAGCUGGAGAAAGGCCCCAACGCCCAGCUGGCCCGUCUACAGCAGGAGAACUCCAUUCUCCGAGACGCCCUGAACCAAGCCACCAGUCAGGCUGAGAGCAAACAAAAUGCAGAGCUGGCCAAGCUGCGUCAGGAAUGCACAAAGUUAACCAAGGAACUUGGAGAGAAGACAGAAAGUCUGCUUGCCGAUGAGCACAUCAGGAAAGGGCUGGAGGCCAAGGUCUCCGCCACUGAGAAGCAGCUCUCCAUGCUGCAGGCCAGCCAUGGGGAGAGCGAGCAGGCGCUGCAGAGGAGGUUGGAGGAGGUGUGCGAGGAGCUCAGAGCAACACAGAGUAAAAACAACAGCCUGCAGGCCACUUUGGAAAAUGCCCAGCAGGACAGCAGCGCCCUCUCAGAGUUUCAGGUGCGUAUUGGGAAAUUGGAGGCUGAGAUCAGUGAGCGUUCUGCUCAGGUGGACACCCUCACUGCGCAGCUGGAGGAGACACAGGCAGAGAAAGGCCAGCUCGUACAGCAGGUGGCCACCAUCAACUCACUGCUGGAGGCCAGCCAGAGCAAAAAGGAGGAAGAUAACAAUCAGCAGGUGAACGCUGCAGAAGUGGAACAGCUAAAGCUCAGCCUUCAGGAAAGAGACAACCAGUUGAGCGCGCUCCAUGAGGAACUGAAGCAACUCCAGAUAAAGCAGGAAGCUGAUGAGAACACUAUUGUUGAGCUGGAGCAAAAAAGUAAGAGUGAGGAUGUCGGCCUCAUUGCUUCACUUCAGGAUGAACUUAAAAACCUCAAAGAAGAAAUGGUGCAACUUAAAAACACACCACAGUCAGAUAGCUCCACAGAGCUGGAACUGCUACAGAACAGCCUGACUGAGAAGGAUGCCCUAGUCACGUCACUACAAGAGGAGUUGAGAGAAGUGAGAGAAAAGACGACCAAUGACGCAAACGUUACGGCAGAACUGACAGCUUUUCAAACUGAAGCCAAAGAAACUCUCCAGACACUCUUCCCACAGAUCCCCUUAGAGACAGAGCAGUCCAACUGGUUACAAGUAUUUACACAGAAAGCGCAGGAGGCUCUCAGCCAGCAGAGCCAGGAGUCCCAGUCGAGCACAGCGUCGCCUGAGUUGCUCGAAAAACUGAAGGAGGCCGAGGAGAGCCAUGGCUCACUGCAGGCCGAAUGUGACCAGUACAGGACAGUCCUGGCUGAAACAGAAGGAAUGCUGAAACAUCUGCAGAUGAGUGUGGAGGAGGAAGAGCUGGUAUGGAAGUCCAAGAUGGCAAACUCAGAGGAACAGCUGAGGGUGGCUCUGGAGAAGAUCAGCCAACUGGAGGCAGAAACCAUAAGUGUAGAACAGUUGAAGGAGCAGAUGAUGCUUCUGGAAGCCCAGCUGGAGAAGCAGACAGACAACCAGGGGAUUUCAGAGGAGAUGGAGCAGCUGAAGCUGCAGCUGUCGGAGUGUCAGCUCCAGCUGGAUUUGGCCCAGAAGGAGGCCCAGGCACACAAGGAGGAGCUUGCACAGGUCAGAGAGCAGCUGGGCGAGAUCACGAUGCGGGCUCAGCGAGAACAGAACGGCCCAGCUGAGGCUCAACCCAGUCAGAUCCAGAACGAGUUGAGUCAGACAACUGAGAAGCUGCACGGAGAGGUGGCCCAGAGACAGCAGCUCUCAGAAGAAAUUGAGCAGGCCCAGAAGACUAUAACAGAACUUCAGGCUCAGUUGGAUCUCGUAAAAGAUUCAGCGGAGUCCCCACAGGCUGACAUGGAAGAUGUUGCUCAGCUCAAGGAGCGCCUGGAGAAGGAGAAGAAGCUAUCCAAAGACCUGGGCCAGGCGGCCACCAAGCUCCAGCAGCUUCUCAAAGCCACUCAGGAGCAGCUGACCAAAGAGAGAGACACAGUGAGAACACUACAGGAGCACCUGGAGGGCAAGGGAGAAUAUGUGGAGCUAAAGGAAGGAACGUCCGUCUGAGAGGAAGUUCACUGCUGACACUACAAAAUAAACUGCCAAAUAUGCCUUAUGAUUACCAUAGUUAUGCAUUCCAAAACUAUUUCUUUCUUGUACUGUAGCUGAUUGCAUUUGUUGCAAAUGUAGGAAUCAAAUGUUUGAUAUUAUGAACAUUACAAAAUAAGAUUAGAGGAGAUGAUCCUGCUACAAUCUUUAUUGAUACCCACAUUCCAUCAACAAUUCUGGCUAUGUCAGAAGUUAUUUAUCCCCCUGCCUUAUAUUCCAAACAUUUCCCCAUAGUUCAGUGUUAAAAAGGGAAACCGAUUGUACGUCAAACGUGCAUCAACCUGUGCAAUUACUUUGUAUGUCUUUUCUAUGUGGUUGAAUGAUGGAAACAUUUUAUGGGUCAAUGUUUCAUUACCUUUAGGGCCUGCUUUCCUCUGUAGCUGGCUGCCAAUUACACGCAUCGAAUUUGUAUGAAUGAAUAAACUACAGUGUAGCUCUAUAA